ACACACACACACACACACACACACUCACACACAGAGUUGAACCUGUUAGCAUGGCCAAGCAUGUGUGUGUCCGGUCAGUCCUCUCUCUUCGGCGUGCUCGCCUGUGGAGUGCAUUGCCCAGUUUUCAGACUCAACCUCAGGUCCAAGUGCUGCAGCACAGACAGAUCAGCCGACAGUCUCAACUCUUCACAGACUCUCAGAAUUACAGGUCACCCAACUCCAAGGUCUUAGUGCAUUUCAUCAACCAGGACGGAGUCAAGAACAGUGUCACAGCCUCUGAAGGGGAGACCUUGCUGGAUGUAGUCAUCAACAAGAACUUAGACAUUAGCGGAUUCGGAGCCUGUGAAGGUACCCUCGCCUGCUCCACAUGCCACUUGGUCUUUGAGGAAAACAUUUAUGAUCGCUUGGAGCCAAUGGUGGACGAAGAGGUCGACAUGCUGGAUCUUGCUUAUGGUCUCAGCAAAACAUCUCGACUGGGUUGCCAGAUCACUGUGGAAAGCUGGAUGGAUGGCAUGACGGUGCGCGUACCACAGGAGGUGAAGGACCAACGAUCAGCGGGGCAAUGACAGACCGACGAAUGAAAAUGUCAAACUCAUGAACAUACGAUACACACACACACACACACACACACACACACACACACACACACACACACACACACACACAUUGAUUUUGAACAAAUUGUUGAUUCAUGUAUGGGAUGUGAGUCUUUUAUGUCAGCGUUUUAUCUGUAUCUGAUGAUGAUAUCUGUACCCCAGAGAAAUGUCUUCUUGUUACGAAACUGUUAGGCGUCUGAAAAUGCAUACUCACACCCUUUCAGAAGAAGGGGAGAGUGGGGUAAGUUUUACUGAAGUGAACUGCUAAGGGAAUAUGAGACAGGAAUAAAAUACAUGUGU